UGUUAACACUUGGGUGUUACAUCUCUAAAUGUUACAUUUCUAAAAAGGAGAACUAAACACCAAGAUUUUAUGGGACAUUAAUUACAGGCACCCAACAAAAGAGACAUUCUCUGGGAACAUCUCAGCAAGAAGAGCUUCAGAAUAUAGUGUAUCUCUGGUUGGGAAAGGAGGACCUGACAAAAAACACUUCCUGAAUCCCAACCUGUGCUCUCCACCAGCAGCCAAAAAUGGGGAAUGCCAAAAGCAGUGCUAUGUCCAAGGAGAUCCUGGAGGAUCUCAAACUCAGUACCAAAUUCUCAGAGAAUGAGCUGUCACAGUGGUACGAGAACUUCAAGAAGCAGUGUCCGUCUGGCCGUAUCACACCAGAAGAGUUUAAAAGGAUCUACGAACGCUUUUUCCCAGACAGUGAUGCCACAUCGUAUGCCCAGCAUGUCUUCCGCUCCUUCGACACGAAUGAUGAUGGAACACUGGAUUUCAAGGAAUACAUCAUUGCUCUACAUAUGACAUCAACUGGGAAGACGGAGCGGAAGCUGGAGUGGGCCUUUUCACUCUUUGAUGUUGACAAGAACGGCUACAUCACCAAGUCAGAAGUGGCAGAAAUCUGUCAGGCGAUCUUUAAGCUGAUCCCCAAAGAUGAGCAGGAAAAUCUUCCUGCAGAUGAGAACACUCCUGAGAAGAGAGCGGACAAACUCUGGUCGUUCUUCAAUAAGAAAGAUAAUGAGCGACUGGCUGAGGGUGAGUUUAUUCAAGGCGUUCUUGACAAUGAUGGCGCGAUCCACCUUAUUCAAUAUGAGCCCAAAAAGUAAUAGUAAAACGAGAACAAUAGCACGUUCUUUUGCGGUCCUAUCAUUUCCUUUGGCUAUGUGCUUUCCCCCUUUUUCUUUUUACCCACUUUGUUUGUUUUAAAUUUUUACAAUCUAGGCACAUCGCUCCUGUUUCUUGUAUUAGUGCGACAUGGAUCAUUUUGUAAAUAUUUGAAAGCCUAUUAACUUAUAGUUAUAGUUUAAUAGUAAUAUGUCACAUCUGGGAACAGGAUAACGUGCUGUAAUGUGUGAAAUGCUGUAUUUCGACCGAAGAAGAGUUUCUGGCAGAUGAAAUUAUGAUACUCUUUAGCUGAAAGCAAACGUUUCCUUAAUGAAUCAAAGUGAGAACCAGAUAAUUCAUGUUUUUCUUGUCAAAUAAGUAAAAUACAGAUGAAAGCCAAUGAAACCACAAGGAUGUGUGGAAAAACUAAAAAAAUAUAAUUUCGUUUUAUCCAGGAUGAUAGAACAAUAAUGUUUGCCAUUUAUAUUAUGCAAAUCUGUUUUUUGAUGUCAACUGCUGUAGAAUAAAACUUACAUUGUAA